AAAAACAAGUUGCUGAGUUUAAGCAAAAUAUAAACAUUUGAUAGAAAGUUGUAAAGUGUAUUGCAUAUUUAAUGAGCGCUAUAAGGCAACUCAGUGUGCUACCACGAAAAUAUAAUGAGCCAGGAACUCAAUGAAUCGGCGCAUAAUAUAGGAUCAGAUGAACAAGAUGACACACGCGAUGAUGCCAGUGGCAGCGGUAGCGGCAGUGGCAGUGGUAGCUCCGGUUCCGACUCAGAUUCAGACAGUUCCUCAGGCAAUUCCAGCGAUGGACGCAGCUCACCAGAAGCAACAACAGCAGCAACAAGAGCCACAACAGCAACAACAGCUGGCUAUCCGCCUACAGCGGUGGAUGCGCAGGCGGAUUACAAAACUAAUGGCUACAACGAAGGCAAUGAAGAUGAUAGUUCCAGCGGCGAUUCCAGUGCCAGUGACUCUGACUCCGAGCCUGAUGGCGGCGGAGGUCAUCAAGACAACAGAGCCCACAAUAGCAGCAGCAACAACAAUAACAACACCAGCAGCAGUAGCAGCUCAUCCGCCAAUACAACAGGACCGCCCAUGGCACCGACAGAGACGAAGGCAGCGGCUGUUGAUGACGACGACGACGAGGAUGACGAUGAUGCCAGCGCCUCGGAUGCCAGUGAUAGCUCAGCCAAUGCCUCACCCACAUGCUCUAGCAGUAGCAGCGAGGAGGAAGAAGAGGAUUACAGACCGAAGCGUUCAAUGCGACAGGCGCGUAAGGCGCCAUCGGCAGCGGACAAGGCCAAGCGGCUACCACCUCCCAAAAAGAAGAAGAAGCAAACCUGGGACUCGGAGGAGAGCGAUGAGAGCGAGAAUGCUGAUAGCGACGAGGCACCCAAGCGCAAAUUAAUGCGCGCCCCAGCGGCGGCAACAACAACAACAGCAGGCACUUACAACAGCAGCAGCAGCGAGCGACGCCGCGUGAAAUCCUUUAGCUCGGAUGAUAGCGAUGAUGACGAUGCAAGCAAACGCUGCACUGUGCGACGCACUGCGGCCGCUGUCAGUUAUAAGGAAGCCUCAGAGGACGAGGCGACCGACUCGGAGGAUUUGCUUGAGUGCGAAUAUGACGAGAGCCAGGCAGCCGCAUCAGCCGCCGCUGCCGAAGAGGACGAGAAAUGCGAAACAAUUGAACGUAUUUUAUCGCAGCGUGUGGGACGCAAAAGCUGUACCGGUAAUACGACCACCAUUUAUGCCAUCGAAGAGAGCGGCAGUGAUCCUAAUGCGGGCUUUGAUGAAACGAGCCACACUGAGGAAGGAGAGGUGCAAUAUUUGAUAAAGUGGAAAAACUGGAGUCAUAUACACAACACCUGGGAAUCGGAGGCAACGUUGCGUGACAUGAAAGCCAAGGGCAUGAAGAAGCUGGAUAACUUUAUAAAAAAAGAGCAGGAGUUGGCUUGCUGGCGUCGCUUUGCCGGACCCGAGGAUAUAGACUAUUUUGAGUGUCAGCUGGAGCUCCAACAUGAUUUGCUCAAAUCCUACAACAAUGUGGAUCGCAUUAUUGCGCGUGGCAUUAAAGCGGAUGCUGGCGGCGAUGAAUAUCUAUGCAAAUGGCAAUCGCUGCCCUAUGCCGAGUCUACCUGGGAGGAUGCAGCGUUGGUGCUGCGCAAAUGGCAACGUCAGGUGGAGCAAUUUACAGAUCGGGAGUGCUCCAAGUGCACGCCCUCACGUCACUGUCGUGUCAUUAAGUAUAGGCCAAAGUUCUCACGCAUUAAGGGGCAGCCUGAAUUUUUGGUAGAGGGACUAACGUUGCGUGACUAUCAAAUGGAUGGACUUAAUUGGCUGCUGCACUCCUGGAGCAAAGAGAAUUCGGUAAUAUUGGCGGAUGAAAUGGGUUUGGGCAAGACCAUACAAACCAUAUGCUUCCUCUAUGCGUUAUUUAAGAUUCAUCAUUUGUAUGGUCCAUUUCUGUGCGUGGUGCCGCUGAGCACCAUGACGGCUUGGCAGCGUGAAUUUGAUCUCUGGGCGCCCGAUAUGAAUGUGGUUACAUAUCUGGGCGACGUGAAGUCACGUGAGCUGAUACAGCAAUACGAAUGGCAAUUCGAGGGCUCGAAAAGACUGAAAUUUAAUUGCAUAUUAACAACUUAUGAGAUUGUGCUCAAGGAUAAACAAUAUUUGGGCCAACUGCAGUGGGCGGCGCUGCUGGUGGAUGAGGCGCAUCGUCUGAAAAACGAUGAUUCACUGCUGUAUAAAUCGCUCAAAGAGUUUGACACAAAUCAUCGCUUGCUCAUCACGGGCACACCGCUGCAAAAUUCCCUCAAGGAGCUGUGGGCGUUGCUGCACUUCAUCAUGCCGGAGAAGUUCGAUACGUGGGAGAACUUUGAGCUGCAGCAUGGCAAUGCGGAGGACAAAGGCUAUACGCGCUUGCAUCAGCAACUUGAGCCGUAUAUCUUACGGCGUGUCAAGAAGGAUGUGGAGAAAUCGCUGCCUGCCAAAGUGGAGCAAAUCUUGCGCGUGGAGAUGACUUCGCUGCAAAAGCAAUAUUAUAAAUGGAUUUUAACCAAGAACUUUGAUGCACUGCGCAAGGGCAAACGCGGCUCCACGUCCACAUUUUUGAAUAUAGUCAUAGAGCUAAAGAAAUGUUGUAACCAUGCAGCGCUUAUACGUCCCUCGGAAUUUGAGUUGUUCGGACUGCAGCAGGAUGAGGCGCUGCAGCUGCUGCUCAAGGGCUCCGGCAAGCUGGUGCUGCUGGACAAACUGCUGUGCCGUCUCAAGCAAACUGGACAUCGUGUGCUCAUCUUUUCGCAAAUGGUGCGCAUGUUGGAUGUGCUGGCGGAUUAUCUUCAGAAGCGUCACUUCUCCUUCCAGCGCUUGGAUGGCAGCAUCAAGGGCGAAAUGCGGCGUCAGGCGCUGGAUCAUUUUAAUGCCGAGGGCAGUCAGGAUUUUUGCUUUUUGCUGUCGACACGCGCCGGCGGUUUGGGCAUUAAUCUGGCUACAGCAGAUACCGUCAUCAUUUUUGAUUCGGAUUGGAAUCCACAGAAUGAUUUGCAGGCGCAGGCGCGUGCCCAUCGCAUUGGGCAGAAGAAUCAGGUUAACAUUUAUCGCUUGGUCACAGCACGCUCGGUUGAGGAGCAAAUAGUGGAGCGUGCCAAGCAGAAAAUGGUGCUGGAUCAUUUGGUUAUCCAACGCAUGGACACCACCGGGCGCACUGUGCUGGACAAAAGCGGCAAUGGUCAUUCCUCCAACUCGAAUCCUUUCAACAAAGAUGAUUUGUCUGCUAUACUUAAAUUUGGUGCUGAGGAGCUGUUCAAGGAUGAGCAGGAGCACGAGGAGGAGCUAGUCUGUGACAUAGAUGAAAUUCUGCGGCGCGCCGAGACACGCAAUGAGGAUCCCGAAAUGCCAGGUGAUGAUCUGCUGUCUGCCUUUAAGGUGGCCAGCAUAGCUGCCUUUCAGGAGGAUGAGCCCAGUGAGAGCAAGCAGCAGCAGGAGAAUGAAGAUGAGGAUGACAGCAAGGACUGGGAUGAUAUUAUACCCGAAGGUUUUCGCAAGGUCAUCGAAGAUCAAGAGCGUGCCAAGGAAAUGGAGGAUCUGUACCUGCCGCCGCGACGCAAAACUGCCGCUGCCAACAAGCAAGACAAUAAGCGUGGCAAGGGCAAGGACAAGCAGCGAGAUGACUCUGCUGACUCGGACUAUGAGCUGGGGUCGGAUGCUAGCGGCGCUGCUGCCGGCGAAGACGGUGGGCGCCAGCGCAAGCGUGGUCGUCCUGCUAUGAAGGAGAAAAUAAAUGGUUUUACCGAUGCGGAGCUGCGUCGCUUCAUACGAAGCUACAAAAAGUUUCCAGCGCCGCUGCUGCGUUUGGAGGCGAUUGCGUGCGACGCGGAACUGCAGGAGAAACCGCUGGCGGACCUCAAGCGCAUAGGCGAGCUGCUGCAUGCGCGUUGCGUGCAAUUUCUGGACGAGCACAAGGAAGAAGAGUCCAAGACUGCCAAGGAUGAGGAGCCGCAAUCGGGCGCUGCCAAGCAGCGACGCACCCGUGCCACCUAUUCCAUAAAACUGGGCGGUGUGUCCUUCAAUGCCAAAACGCUGCUGGCCUGCGAGGAGGAACUGCAGCCACUCAACGAACUCAUGCCCAGCUCUGCGCAGGAGCGUCAACAAUGGACAUUUAAUAUUAAGACACGCGCCGCCAACUUCGAUGUGGACUGGGGCGCCGAGGAGGACACACAGCUGCUGCGCGGCAUUUAUCAGUAUGGCAUUGGUUCCUGGGAGCAAAUGAAGCUUGAUUCCACGCUUAAGCUGAGCGAGAAGAUUCUGUUGAACGACACGCGCAAGCCGCAGGCGAAGCAUUUGCAAUCCCGCGCCGAGUAUUUGCUCAAGAUACUCAAAAAGAGCGUGGAGCUCAAGAAGGGCGGACAGCGUCGACAGCGACGUCCGCGCAAGCAGCGCAACAAUCUCAGCUCCACCUGCACUGCCGUCAGCACGCCCGAACGCAAGGAUCCGGUUGCCUCAGAGGACGGACAUGCGCUGCCGGUGCAUGAGAACAGCUGCAGCUCCAGGCAGGCGGCUGUGGUGUCGCCCGCUGCCAGCAGCAGCGCCGUAGCAGAGCAGGAGAAGAAAAAGAAGAAGAAGGCGCGCAGUAAGAAGAACAGCGCCUCGGAUAACAAUGGCAACAAGCCCAUGCACUUUACCGCCAACAAUGAGCCGCGAGCGCUGGAAGUCCUGGGCGAUCUCGAUCCAAGCAUCUUCAAUGAAUGCAAGGAGAAAAUGCGUCCGGUGAAGAAAGCGCUCAAAGCGUUAGAUCAGCCAGAUCUCAGCUUAUCCGAUCAGGAUCAGCUGCAGCAUACGCGCGAUUGUUUGCUGCAGAUUGGCAAACAAAUCGAUGUUUGCUUGCAGCCAUAUGGUGAGCUGGAGAAGAAGGAAUGGCGCAGCAAUUUAUGGUACUUUGUGUCCAAGUUUACGGAGCUCGAUGCCAAGCGUUUGUUCAAGAUCUAUAAGCAUGCGCUGAAGCAGCAAACAGCUGCGUCCAGAGAGGAGGAUGGUGCGUGUCAAAAUGGUAACUCAACGGGGGAGCGUGAGAAGAGCAAGAAGAAGAAAAAGGAUAAGGAUAAAGACAGAGAGCGUGAGAAGUCACGUUAUGCCAGCACACCAGUGCAGGACAAAGACAAGUCAGCGCGUCGCUUUGCCCACAACGAUUCGCCCAACAAGCGCAAGCGCGAUGAGAACGAUGUGGAUGCCAGUGGCUUGGCCAACGCUGCUGGCAUUAGUGACAAUCUCAAGAGCAUGUCCUUCAAGCGUCAGAAUCUGGAUGCACCGGCAGCAGCGUCAGCGCGCCACGAGGAACAGCGCAAGAAACAUCACCGCAGCGAUGACUACUAUGGCAGCUCAGCAGCUGGCGCUGGUCCGCCUGCUGGCUACGAAGGCAGCCGACGCGGUGGACCCAAUUCACCAUCGAGCAGUCGACGCUUCGAGGCAAACGCCAGCUAUGCGGCGGAAAUGGAGCGCUGGCAUGCACGUGAACGCUAUAGCUUUGACUACAAGCGUGAGCGCUAUGAAUCGCCAUAUCCACGCAGCUCUGGCGGUGGCGCGCCAGGUGGUAAUUAUCAUCGCGAUCAUCGUGAACGUGAUCGCGAGCGUCGUCCAGACAAGCGCAGAUAUCCCUCUGCAUUGCCGCCACAUGCUUAUCCGCCGCACUACCUGCCGCCCAACUAUUACAUGCCCAACGGCAUGGUGCCCGGCUUGCCACCGCCAGCGUCCGGCUAUCGAGGAGAGCGUGGCUAUCCGGUGAUGCCGCGCGACUAUCCAGCCGAGUAUCGACGCAGCGAGUACGAGCGACGCACGCAGACAUGAGAAGUGGAGAAGCAACUGCAACGAAUCGUUUUUUGUAUAUAGUCUAGGCGUAGUGUGCGUACAAAGCGAUAUAUAAAUAUAUAUAUUAUAUAUAUUUAGAAAGUACACAGUUGAUUGUAAAUUAGUGUUUAAGGCUGGCUUGGCUGUGGUGUCUGUGUGUUCAAUAGCCGCAGCUAGUUGUUUAGUCUUUAAUGUCACACACAAACAAAUAUGAAUACAUAUACAAAUACAGCUAUAAAUACAGUUACAUUUAUACAGUUACACAUACCGUUAAGCAUGUUAAUGUUAAACACACACUAGAUAAUAUAUACAUACACAUACAAAUUUAAUUUAUAGCUGCUAUUUAUAAACAGUACUGUAUAUUUUAUAUAGUUUGUACUAAAUACUUGUGUAAGGCGCUGCACAUAAGUUAAUUUAACACAUUUUCACUCCUUGUAUAAAGCAUAGGCUUUUAAGAUUCCUUUCUUUUUUCCUUCAAAAAGAAGUUCAUAAUUUUAUUGUA